CGGACACCAAGCACUCAGGGCAAAAUGUCAUUCAAGGAGAAAAGGGGUCGUUCUGAGGCAGUGCAUGCUCCACAUUCCGCAAGAAAAGUGUAGAGAACAUCUACACCCGUUAUGUUCAGCGCCAGGGAGAGAAGCAUACUCUGUCGUGUCUCUUGAUAACCACAGCAGCAACACUCAACAUGCUCGCCCUUGCCUCUAGCAGGUUUGGUCGCGGCAUGCUCGCCGUGGCCGCCCUGCUCAUCACUUUGAAGCUCUUGCUCGUACUUGGGGGAAGCGACUUCGGUCCGUCGUUACCAACAACUGAUUCAUUCUCGAUGCCGUGGGGCCCGUCUUCAGCGUUCUCAAACAGCGUCAGCAACAAGAACAUUUCAUACGACCUGAGCACGCCGCCCAGUCAUGGAUGCGAGUCACUGGUCAAUGACCUCCAGCAGCGGCUCAUUCAUCAUUACUCGAAGGCACUCAAGGGCAUAAGAUAUGCCAAUAUUUGGGGUUAUCUGGAGACCGAGAACAAGGGCGACGCCGCCAUCUGGUCUGCCCAGCAGAUUCUUCUCAGUAUGCUGGGUAUAGAAACCAUGGAAGCUUGUCGAUUUCUCAAUAAGUGCGAUCUCGAUAAGUUCACGGGUAGGCUAGAUGAACACAGGCCUCAUUCCGCCAUCAUCAUGGCUGGUGGUGGCAAUUUUAACGAUUUCUAUUGGGAAGACCAGCCGUCACGCAUGAAGAUGAUCGAGACCUUCACCAACGUCUCGGUGCGUGCCUUUCCCCAGAGCAUCUAUAUGACGAAACAGAAUCGCAUCCAGGCCACCAAGCAAGCUUUCAAGAAGCAUCACGAUCUGCAGUUGGUGGCCCGCGACGAUCCCAGCCACAAGUGGCUUCUCGACACGUUCGGAAACACCAAAGGUAUCGAAACCGAUCUCGUCCCCGACAUCGCUUUCAUGUGGGGAAAUCGAUCCGAUUUUCGAACCAAUACCCAGAAGACCCACGACGUCCUGAUUCUCGCACGAGAUGACUGGGAGGUCUCCGCCGGCAAGUCGAAAGAGAUUGCAUGGGGCGAAGGCAAGCUCGACCUGGGAGGCCACAUCGGUAACGUCUCGUACCAGAAAGUCGACUGGAAAGUGACCAAGACUCCUGAUAUCAAUGGCAAAGAGGGCGACAAAGACUCGACUCGCGAGAAUGGCAAGAACCAGCGCGCGUGGGCCAAGGCCAUUGCCGGAUUUGAGCUGCUGGGCUCAGCGGAGUUCGUCAUUACAGACCGCCUCCACGGGCACAUCCUCGCGACGGUCAUCGGAGUGCCACACAUUCUUAUAGACAGCAAACUUGGCAAGAACCUCAACUUCCACAAUACGUGGACGCGUGACUGCGAGUGUACACGCAUUGCACCUGACAUGAACACGGCCCUCGAUCUAGCACGCAUGUUCUUCGAGAAAAAUGGCAAUUGAGAUGGGCAUGUUGAUACUAGUAUAAAUACGAUUUUUCCCAUGUUUCCAAUCCUUCUUAUCUGGACAGUUGCGCACAAGUAGUCGAAAGAAAAAAGCAUUCUUCAC